UUCAGUUUCACAAGUUUCCUUUUCUUCAUUUUUCAAUGCCUCUGUGUGUUUCUUGAAUGUCCUCUUGCAUUUCACUUGUCCCGUUGAUUGUACGCAUUGAAGAGCUUUUUGACGGAAACACAGCGAAAGAAGAGCGUUAAUCGAUGGCUAAAAAUGGCAUCUUUAUAGCACUCUCUCUGUAUUUUGCAGUUGUUUCUUUACAUGGAGCAAUUGCUGGGAGAGUGGAGUCUCUUGUGCAGACAUACGAGAAACCCAGUUCAAGUUAUGGUUUUGGGAGAUCAUUCAAUCGCAUUUUUGAUACUUCUAAAUAUGGGAUAUUGCAGCUCAACAACGGUUUGGCUCAAACUCCUCAGAUGGGGUGGAAUAGCUGGAAUUUCUUUGCCUGCAAUAUCAAUGAAACUGUCAUUAAGGAAACAGCUGAUGCACUUAUUUUAACAGGCUUAGCUGAUUUAGGAUAUGUGUAUGUCAAUAUAGAUGAUUGCUGGUCUUCUGCAACUCGAGAUUCGGAGGGUCAGUUGGUUCCUGACCCGAAAACUUUUCCAUCUGGAAUCAAGGCUCUUGCUGACUAUAUACAUGGGAAGGGUCUUAAGCUCGGAAUUUAUUCGGAUGCCGGGGCUUUCACCUGUCAAGUUCGACCUGGAUCACUUUUUCACGAAAAAGAUGAUGCAGCAGUGUUUGCUUCUUGGAGUGUGGAUUAUUUGAAGUAUGACAACUGUUUCAAUUUGGGCAUCAGACCUAAAGAACGAUAUCCACCAAUGCGAGAUGCUCUAAACGCAACUGGGCAAACGAUUUUUUAUUCACUUUGUGAAUGGGGGGUUGACGACCCUGCCUUAUGGGCUGGAAAAGUUGGAAAUAGUUGGCGUACAACAGAUGACAUUAAUGAUUCAUGGGCAAGCAUGACUACUAUUGCUGAUCUGAAUGAUAAGUGGGCUGCAUAUGCCGGGCCUGGUGGAUGGAACGAUCCUGACAUGCUGGAAGUGGGCAAUGGCGGCAUGACUUAUCAAGAGUAUCGUGCUCAUUUCAGCAUCUGGGCUUUGAUGAAGGCCCCUCUUUUAAUUGGUUGUGAUGUAAGAAACAUGACCACAGAGACUUUUGAGAUUAUAAGCAACAAAGAAGUUAUUUCUGUAAACCAAGAUGGACUUGGGGUUCAGGGAAGAAAAGUUCAUGUAUCAGGACAAGACGGUUGCAGCCAGAUCUGGGCUGGCCCUUUGUCUGGACAUCGUUUGGUUGUUGCUCUCUGGAACCGAUGUUCAAAAUCUGCUACUAUCACUGCUGCAUGGGAUGUACUUGGACUUGAAUCUGGCACUUAUGUCUCAGUAAGGGAUUUAUGGCAGCACAGCGUAGUCGCCAGGGAUGUGGUGGCAUCAUUUGGUGCUCGAGUUGAUGCUCACGACUGUCAUCUGUACAUUUUCACUCUGCAGUCGGUGUCUAGCUCAGAGAUGUAGUUCCAUUUUCUGGAUCAUCUUGCAUUCAUCAGAAGAUGUUGAACAAAAGUGUACACCCAUGUCUUUUUUCUUUUUUUUUAUUU